AUGGCAGAAAUCUACACUGAUCAAACAUCAGAAAAUUUAAAUAAUAAUUAUGAUCAUCGUUUAUCAUCAGCAAGUUUUAAGAAUAGUCGAAGUCCAUUGAUCUCUGAACAAAAUUUAUAUGAACGAAAACCACAAGUCUAUUAUUUAAGAGUAAAUGAUGAUCAACAAACAUUAUCAUACAAUCAACGAAAAUUAUCUUCAUCAUCAAUUGAUAGAAAUUUUCAUUCAUCUUCAAUUCAACCUGAACUAUAUCAUCUUAAAAUUGCAGAAAAUGAUAUUGAAAAUUCCAAUGAUCGUUCAUCAUCGGUAAUGAGUAAUGAAAACCGAAAACCAUCAAUACCAUAUCAAUCUUUAAAUGAACAAAAACCAGAAGUUUAUUAUAUUAGUACAGGAGAUGGGAAAAUAUCUGAAUAUAAUAGACAAUCAUCAUUUCCGAACAAUGUUCAUCAGCAAAAUAAUUUAAAUAAUACUGUAAUACAUUCGAAUCAGUCAUCUGAAAGGAAAAUUACAACAUAUAUGAUAACAACAUCCAAAAAAGAUGAGUUUCAAUCAUCCAUUCAACGUACUUCGUCACCUCCUAUACGUCCUAAUAAGAAAAAAUUAACCGUAUCAUUUGACUUCGACGAUGAUAAUGAUAAAUAUGAUCUAUCAAAUAAACAAGAUGAUUUGCCAAUAGGACCACAUGAUAUAUCAACAAAUAUUCGUUAUGUACCAUUAUCACAAUCAAACGUAACAGACAGUAUUUUACGAAGUAUGAACAGAUAUCGUUUUGAUGAAAGUUAA